UUUGUCAACUUACUCCUUAACAGUUUUUUUGUCUUCGUGUGGAGCCCACAUGUUUGCACUACGUGACAGAAAGUUAUGUGUUGGCUGGAUUGGAAUUAGUUAUCGACCCCGGCCCUGAAAAGGAAAGCAUGCCUUCCCCUGGAGACCGGAGGGACCGGUGCGCUACAGACGAGGAGAAGAAGAAGCGCGCGGAGCAGGUGUCGCGCCUGCCCUUCAGCGUGGACGCGCUCAUGUCCGACACGAGGCCGCUGCAUGCGACCGACAGGAAACCUCGAAAUCACUCGCACAGGCCGGAGGAGUUUCCUCAACAUUUAGUAGGCCUAUCUAUGAAAUCAGAACCAUCGGGAAGAGAGGACUGUGUGUCCUGGAUACCCAGCCCCAUUAAGAUGUCAACACCACAGCGGCAGCUCAGUCCAGCAGUUUGCUCCUUGAGGAAGCACAAAACCAACCGCAAGCCUCGCACUCCCUUCACCACUGCGCAGCUCCUGGCCCUGGAGAGAAGGUUUCGUCAGAAGCAGUACCUCUCCAUCGCAGAACGGGCCGAGUUCUCCUCCUCGCUCUCACUGUCCGAGACCCAGGUCAAGAUCUGGUUCCAAAACCGACGAGCUAAAGCUAAAAGGCUUCAGGAGGCCGACGUGGAGAAACUCAAAAUAGCGGCUGGCAUUGGGCCCAAAGCGUUAUUCCCCCCAGGCUUCCCGUCCUUAGGUUUUCCCCUCAGUGUUCACCUGCAGGCUGGACCAGCAGCUCUCUACGGACUGGGCUGCUCAUACGGCCGCGGCCCCAUUCUCCCUGCUGCACAUCUGUACGCCUCGCAGCUCGGCCACAGCCUGUACCACCGCUCCUGAGAGGAAGCAGCAUUAUACACACUAGGUGAUGUACAUGUGUGGGGAUAACAAGAGGAAAAGAGUGUCUGCUGAACUCAUGCACCUUAUAAAAGCCCUGAUUAAGGACCUGAAGUGGAGCUGAAGCUUUAUGACUGUCUGGUCUUGUAAAUGCCCUCUUACAAAGAUAAGCAUCUGGAGGAUCCUCCUUUGCUGAUUCAGCAGGGGUCACUGCUAAUGAAAGGAAUAUUGAUCAGGCCAUGUGUCUCAUUAUUGACGAAUACCAGAUUGAAUUUAUAGUAGCUUUCUCGAUUUGUUUUCCCUAUUCUUCUUGCAUUUCCAGCUUAAAGGAAAAUACAUAUUUUCUUUAUUGGCCUUGAAUAUGCAGGGAUAUUGUAUUUUAUACUUCUGUUAGAAUAAAAAUAGGCUUUACUUGGUGAAUCUUGGCUUUGUGAAGUGCACUCUUACAUAUGCUAAAGAAUUUUUCAUUGACACAUAUUUAUUUAUGAUAGCCCUUAGAGUCGUUUAUAUCAUGA